CAGAGGAUCACAAUGAAGAACCAUACACGGGUGACAGUUUUCAUCCUAGCAGGUUUGACUGAUGACCCACAGUGGAAAGUCGUGUUAUUCAUCUUCCUGCUUCUUACUUAUCUGUUCAGCAUCACAGGCAAUCUGAUCAUCAUCACACUCACCCUGGUGGAUACUCACCUGAAGACCCCCAUGUAUUUUUUCCUUCGGAAUUUUUCCUUCUUAGAGAUUUCCUACACUACUACAUGCAUUCCCAAACUGCUUGCUACUAUGGCAACUGGAGACAAAACCAUUUCUUAUGGUAAUUGUUUGACUCAAGUGUUUUUUGCUUUCCUGUUUGGAGCAUCAGAAUUUUACUUGCUGGCAGCCAUGUCCUAUGACCGAUAUGUAGCCAUCUGCAAGCCUCUGCACUACAUGACUAUCAUGAGCAACAAAGUCUGUGUGCAGCUGGUCCUCAGUUGUUGGCUUGCUGGAUUUUUUGUCAUCUUUCCACCACUCCUGUUAGGCUUGAAUCUUGAUUUCUGUGCUUCCAACAUCGUUGACCAUUUCUACUGUGACACCACUCCACUCCUGCAGCUUUCCUGCACAGACACACAGCUCCUGGAGAUGAUGGGAUUUGUCUCUGCUUUGGUGACACUCUUACUCACCUUGGUAAUGGUGAUAAUAUCCUACACCUACAUUGCCCUGACGAUUCUAAAAAUCCCUUCAACCAGCCAGAGGAAAAAGGCUUUCUCUACAUGUUCUUCUCACAUGAUCGUGAUAUCCCUCUCAUAUGGCAGCUGCAUCUUCAUGUAUGUUAAACCAUCAUUCAAGCAGAGAGUAUCUAUUUCCAAGGGAAUUUCUGUGCUCAAUACCUCAGUGGCUCCACUUCUGAAUCCUUUUAUCUACACCUUGAGGAAUCAGCAAGUGAAAAAGGCAUUUGUUAAUACGAUACAAAGGAUUGCAUCUUUCUCUAAGAAAUAA